AGAAUUUGGAAUCAUUAGUUAAAAAAAGUAGAAAAAGUCACCAUAGUACUAAUGUUAGUUAGUCUAUUUGACUGUCAGAGUACAUUAAAAGAGUUUUAAAAAAGAUAGCGCGGGUGUGUAAGCAUAUUCUGUGCACAUAUAUGUAAGAAGUUAUACUUUUUCUUCACUUUUUACUCUCUUCUUUUUUAUAUUUUUGCUAAAAUAAACCUACUGAAUAAAUAACUUCAUGAUGAUGAUGAUGAUGAUGAAGUCAGGUGAAGUGAAGCCAGUCUACUAAAAAUUUUAAUCCACGAAUGAAAUUUGUAAUAAAAAAAAAUACACCAAAAUAAGUUUAGCAUGUCAUUUUAGUAUAAAUUCACAAUUUCUUAUUCAUUUAAUCACAUUUUACAUCUACACGUGUAUUCUCCACCGUAUUACAACACAGACAAUGGUUGAACGUAAAGCUGUUAUCAAGAAUGCUGAUAUGCAUGAAGAUAUGCAAGAGGUUGCAGUGCAUACAGCUGUUGCUGCACUUGAUAAAUAUGAAAUUGAAAAAGAUAUUGCUGCAUAUGUAAAGAAAGAAUUCGAUCGUAAAUACAAUCCAAACUGGCAUUGUAUUGUUGGAAAACACUUUGGCAGUUAUGUAACACACGAAACCCAACACUUCAUCUACUUCUACCUUCAAGAUAGAGCCUUCUUACUCUUCAAAUCUGGUUAAACAAAAUGAUGAAUAAAAAUUGAAGGAAAAAUCCAAUGAAGUCAUUAGCUUACUUUUUUUAUGCAUGUCUACAAACAAUUAUUUUAGGAGCCAACACUAUUGUAAAAAAAAAAUAAAAUUAUGAUUCAUAAUUUUAUAAAGAAUAGUACACUGUAAUAUUGAAACAAAAAUUUAAUAUAUAUACAUAUUUUGUAAUUUUGUUAAAAUUCAGUGAAUAAAUUUUAAUUUGCUGUUGGUUUGUAA